AUGGUGAUAUUGACGUUAGGAUGUUCAAUAACUGCAGCGCUAAUGUUUACUUUAACAGUGAAUGCACUCGAAUCGUCCGAAAUUCGAAUGCUAGAAUCUGAUUAAUAUACGGUGGUUGAACGAAGAGACGCGAAACUAACGGAUCCAUUAAUAAGAUUUGGUAAACGUACACCGGGCCGGAAUGGCGACAAACAUUUGAGCAGGGACAUAAGGACAGAGAAUUUUCAAAGUGCUCCAAUAAUUCGUUUCGGUAAGCGAAUGUCAACGCAAUUGCAAGGUGAUGCGAAAAUGCAGUCAUUGCUGAGAUUCAAUCGCAACUCGCAACCACCACAUCAAACAGCACGUCAGCUGCUCGAUGAAACUGUUCUACGUUUCGGACGAUCGAUGUCCAAUCAAGCGCAGCCACUGCUUGUUUAA